AUGACAGAAUCAAAGCCUCCUACACGUGAAGAGAGAAAGCGUUGUUGGUUCUUGCGUGAUCAGUAUUUUGGCUGUCUCGACAAGCUCAAUAUUGCUGAUCCUACCGUAAUUGACAAGAAUCCCGAGAAAGCAACCGAGUGUCUCGAGUUAAAGAAAGACUACGAAGAAGGUUGUAUGGCUAGCUGGGUUGAAUACUUCAACAAGCGUCGUGUAUUGGAUUUGCGGCAAAAACAGUAUUUGGCACUUUCUCAACAACAAUCUGCAAAAUAG